AUGAUCCGAAUAUUCGUUUUGUUGUCCUGUUUUUAUGUAUUUUCCCAAUCAGCUACGACAGGAAAGAAAAUUAAUGUGCCCGAUUCAGAUUCCACACUUCAAGAUCUAAUCGUAAAAACCGUAACACCUGAGGCAAACCGCCAGAUCCAUGAUUCCAAUUGGUGGAUUGCCACUCCAAAUCAACACCAUGCCACAAAAGUUUCCGUAUUGAAUAACGGUAAAUUGUACUCGACAUAUUCGUUUGAGACGACAUUUCAACGAAGUGCUUGUCCUCAGAAAACACCUCUAAGUCAAGUAUCAAAAUGUCAAUCAGACUCUUCGAAAUCUCAGAAAGUCUUAUGCCGCACAACGCUGGCAUGGAAUGAGAAAGACUACUCGUCCAUUGAGCAGGAAACAUACUGCAAUCGUAAAUAA